ACUCACCACACUACGUCAUUGUUUUCCGGCCUGUCUUUUGGCCUGUCUCGCCGGGUCCAUGUCGCCCGUACUGGUGUCGUGUAUUGCCCCGUUACCCGCCGACCCUUCCUGAUGAUGCUGCUGCACCUGAGAGACUCUGAAGGAUGGAGAAACAAGCCUUUCCUGCCCUGCCAAGGCGCAGAUCACAGGGGCCGGGAGACCGCGCGUACGCCGUCAUCACACUCCCACAUGCCGGAUCAGAAACGGCCAUUUAGCAAUGACUGAUUCGGACCUGACGAGGGAAACCUUGCAUGCCGCCUGCACGCUGCCCCUCUCUCUGGACGCUUAGCUCCGCACCUAGCGCUUCCGUGCCGUCACGCAAGCAAGCUCCCCCUCCCAAAUCCGCAGCCACGCCUACCCGUGUGUUCCGGAGAAGACUCAAUUGUCCCGUGAGCUGCGCGUUGAUAUCCUGGCAAGGAUCACAGCCGUAGUCCUAGCCUUCGUCCGAGUCGUUAGUGUAGGAGUCUGAGCAUAUCAGGGCAAACUCUCGAGCUGCGUUGCCCUUGGGCUUAGAGGAAUUCUUUGCUUGACUUCCGCGGACCACACCGCUGCAGAAUGUCAUUGUAUUACCCAAUCCCGGGCUUCAAUUGCCCCUGCCGCCGCGUUGCCUGAUGAUGAAUACAUACGUCAU